UUGUUUUUAAUAAUAUUUAAAUUCUUGUAAGCAUGAUACCAAAUUGUAUCAUGUAUCGAUUUUUAAGUAUUUGAUUCAAUUUUAUUCGUUUCAUUGGGUUUUUCCAUUUAUCUUAAAACACCCUAAUUUUAACAUCCUAUACUCAAACUCCUCUAUUCCUCAAUCAAUGGAAACAUCCACCGGACAUCCACCGGAAACAUCCCACAAUGUUCACAAUGACAAUCCUACCCCUCCUCAAACCACACCCGAACCUACAGAAACAACAUCCGAACCUGCCGACUCUAUCCUUCCACAACUUCCCGAACCUAAAACCACCCCACCACCCCAACCAAAAAAACGACGUCGUAGAAAGCGUUUCUUCACAGACCUAAUCCCAACCUCCGUCUCCGCCGCCGCCGCUUCCGGCCUACGUGUACUCCGCCCUAACCCUAAACCCUCCACCGCCGCCGCCGCAUAUUCCUACUCCGAAACAGAACUCGCCGCCGCCGCCAAUGUAAACGACCUAAACCCUAAUUACAAUCGCCGUAAAAGAAUGUCUGAUCUCGCUAAAGAAGUCGAUGUUGAAGCCUUAAUUGCAAUCUCCGUUGGUUUCCCUGUUGAUUCAUUGACUGAAGAAGAAAUUGAAGCUAAUGUAGUUUCACAAAUUGGCGGUGUUGAGCAAUCGAAUUAUAUCGUUGUGAGAAACCAUAUUUUAGCGCGUUGGAGGUCUAAUGUUACUGUUUGGUUGACGAAAGAUCAUGUUUUGGAGUCUAUUAGAGCUGAACAUAAGAAUCUUGUGAAUUCAGCUUAUGCGUUUUUGUUACAACAUGGGUAUAUUAAUUUUGGGGUUGCUAAAGGGAUAAAAGAAGUGAAAUUUAAGGGAUUUGAUGGGGUUGUUUCGAAAGGGAAUGUGAUUGUAAUUGGGGCGGGGUUAUCGGGUUUAGUUGCUGCGAGGCAGUUGAUAUCGUUGGGGAUUAAGGUUGUCGUUCUUGAAGGAAGGGGUAGGCCCGGUGGGAGAGUGAGAUCGAAGAAAAUGACAGGUGGACAAAACGGGGUUGUUAACGUUGUUGCUGCAGCUGAUUUAGGUGGAAGUGUGUUAACGGGGAUAAAUGGGAAUCCGUUGGGUGUUCUAGCGAGGCAGUUGGGGGUCCCGCUUCAUAAGGUGAGGGAUAUAUGUCCGUUGUAUUUGCCGAAUGGGAGGACUGUGAAUCCGGAUAUUGAUUCGAAAGUUGAAGCUUCGUUUAAUAAGUUAUUAGAUAGGGUGUGUAAACUUAGACAGGCGAUGUUGGUUGAGGUUAAGAGUGUUGAUGUUUCGUUAGGUACCGCGUUAGAGGCGUUUAGGCAUGUGUAUAGAGUGGCUGAGGAUCCACAAGAGCAAAUGCUUCUUGAUUGGCAUUUGGCUAAUUUGGAGUAUGCUAAUGCUUCGUUAAUGUCAAAUUUGUCUAUGGCGUUUUGGGACCAGGAUGAUCCUUAUGAAAUGGGGGGUGAUCAUUGUUUUAUUCCCGGAGGAAAUGAGAGGUUAAUUCGGGCUUUAGCGGAGGACAUUCCUAUUUUCUAUGAUAGGACGGUUGAAAGUGUAAGAUAUGGUACUGACGGGGUUUUAGUGUAUGCUGCUGGUGGGCAGGAAUAUCAUGGGGAUAUGGUUCUUUGCACGGUUCCCUUGGGUGUACUGAAGAAGGGUAACAUUGAGUUUGUACCAGAGCUUCCUCAACGCAAGAAAGACGCAAUUGAGAGAUUAGGAUUUGGGUUGUUGAAUAAGGUUGCAAUUCUGUUUCCAUACGACUUUUGGGGCGGGGAGAUUGAUACUUUUGGGCACUUGACUGACGACCCGAAUAUGAGGGGUGAGUUUUUUCUGUUCUAUAGUUAUUCUUCGGUUUCAGGUGGACCACUUCUUAUUGCACUUGUAGCUGGAGAAGCAGCAGUAAAAUUCGAAAAGAUGUCUCCUCUUGAAUCUGUAGUGAGGGUUCUUGAAAUUCUCAAGGGCAUAUUCAGUCCGAAAGGAAUUGCUGUUCCGGAUCCACUUCAAGCAGUUUGUACGCGUUGGGGACAGGAUCAGUUCAGUUACGGUUCUUAUUCUUAUGUUGCAAUUGGAGCCUCAGGGGAUGACUACGAUAUCCUUGCCGAGAGUGUUGGAGACCGGCUUUUCUUUGCAGGUGAAGCAACUAAUAAACAGUAUCCUGCAACAAUGCACGGGGCUUUUCUCAGUGGGAUGAGAGAGGCUGCUCACAUACUCAGAGUUGCUGAUAGGAGGUCAUCAAUAUCUCCAGCUGAGAAAUCAAAUACUUCCAGUCAAGAAAAUGUUGGUGUUGUUGAUAAGUUAUUAGAGACUCCAGACCUUAAAUUUGGAAAUUUCUCUGUGUUGUAUGAUCCUACGUCAACUGAACUGGAGUCUAAUUGCUUAAUACGAGUUGAAUUGCAAGGGGAGAAAUCUUUACAUUUAUACAGCUUGAUCUCCCGAAGACUAGUACUGGAGCUAAGCAAAUUAGAAGGGGAUCUGAGCAGGAUAGAAAUGUUAACACGUGACUUUGGGGUGAAAUUGGUUGGUUGGAAUAAUUUAUCCGCUGCUGCAGGAUCGCUAAUCAACUCAAUUGAAUCAGCUAGAUCAGUUUGAAUAUUGAGCUACUGUUUCUGGUAGAUGCAGAUAAGAUGGGAUACAUUAGUAGUUUAGGACCUCAAUUCAAACUGAAUUAGUUCGAAUAUGACUAUUGUAGAUUCAGGGACAAAAUCCCUAUCAAAUUGAAUUGCUCGAUGUUAAUAGUCGCUUCUUGUACUGAUCAACUCUUGGUAAUUAUCUGGCAAAAUGCAGUUACAGGAUUUUUAGAGGUUCAAUAUAAGAUUAUCAGGUAAUAUCACUGUUUAAUUUGUUCGGUGA